AUGAUCUCUGCAAUGAAUAGCUCUAUUUCGACGACAUACUGCAUCGGUGAUAUUCCUGUAGAAAUACUCACUACAAUCUUAUUCCAGCUGGCUGACGAAAAUCUGCAUGAUCUGCUAGUUAUUUCACGGACUUGUCGACUGUGGCGUUCUAUCAUUGUCAAUAAUCUUUUUCUGAAUAAAAGAUUUAAUAUUUUUAAGAAAAAAUAUCUUCUUGGUCACUGGACAUUUGAAGAUACAGAUAAAUUGGGUCAUGAUUCGUGUGAUUAUACGAAAGAUCAAUUCUCGCUUAUAGGAAAUCCAAUUCAAUCACACUGUUUUCUUGGUUCAUGUCUUCAUCUCGAUGGAAACUCAGUUAUUACUGUGCCCGUAAAUGAGUUCUCUCGUUACCAAACAGAUUGCUUUGCUGUUUCUUGCUGGUUCCUUGUUACAGGAUGGUCUCCACUGCACAAUACAAUGCCUUUUCAAACAGUAAUUGGUGCAUGGGAACAUCCUGACCAACACUGGCUUCAUUUAGGUUUUUCAGAAACAACGCGAUUCAUACAGAAUCAAGUGAUGAUUUCAGCCGAACAUAUUCAAUUUGAUUGCAAUUCAACAACACCUAUCGAACUCAAUACAUGGUAUCAUGUUGUAACACAAGUAUCACGAAAGAAACAAGAAAUCUAUGUCAAUGGACAUUUACAAAAAACGGUUCUUAUGACAUCAAAAGCGAGUGCAACAGAAAUAUGGACGUCUGGCAGAACAUAUCCGAACGCUCCAUGGUCGAAACAAGAAAUGCAACGACCUGAAACACUCUGUAUUGGAGCAAAAUGUUUACGUCCCUUUCCGCAUAACUUUUGGCUUGGUGAACUAGCGGAUCUGUGCAUCUGGACACGUUGGUUAGAACCAAUUGAAAUCAUGGCCAUCUACGAAUCGAAAGCGAAACUGGAUAAUAUCAAUAUCGGGCAACUUAUUGUCGAUAAAAUGGCAAAACUUCGCUAA